UCCCCGUUUUGCACGUUAUCAGGGUAACGGCAUCGGUCGUGGCUUACCGACUGCGAAGAGGACAAGCAAGGAUAGAAAAAUUUAUGCAAGAAAUUGAUUCCUUAUUUUUUUCGGUUUAUUCAGAACUGGUAGUAAUGUACCAAAGACAUCAAGACAUGGUGAUAGAGCAAGCUGUCUGAGAUUCAAUCUGUGGUUAUUAAUGCACUGUGUGGCUGCAACACCGGGUACAGCAGCCAUGGCUUCCUCUCAGUUGCUCUGCAAUAACCAUCUCUUCCUCCCUUCGCUCAAUUCUUUCUCUCGAAGCAGUCUCUCUUCAUUCAGGCCACAUGGGUUUUGUUAUUUUGAUCUGAAACUUCAAUCUCAAAGAACCCCAGUUUUGAAAGCCACCCAAAAACAAUUUGAGAUAGAGUAUGACCCUGAAAAAAGGAUAAACAAAUUGGCAGAUGAAGUGGACAAGCAGGCACCCCUUUCAAGGCUUACUCUGUUCUCACCUUGCAAGAUUAAUGUUUUCUUGAGAAUAACCAGCAAAAGAGAAGAUGGCUAUCAUGAUUUGGCAUCUCUCUUUCAUGUGAUUAGUCUUGGGGACAUAAUUAAGUUCUCUUUGUCUCCAUCAAAAAGCAAAGAUCGUUUGUCCACCAAUGUUGCUGGAGUCCCCCUUGAUGAAAGGAAUUUGAUAAUUAAAGCGCUGAAUCUUUACAGGAAGAAAACUGGCAGUGAGAAAUUCUUUUGGAUUCAUCUAGACAAGAAGGUCCCCACUGGAGCUGGGCUUGGUGGUGGAAGCAGUAAUGCUGCGACUGCUCUAUGGGCAGCAAAUCAGUUCAAUGAUUGUAUGGCUGCUGAAGAAGACCUCCAAGAAUGGUCGAGUGAGAUAGGUUCAGAUAUUCCCUUCUUUUUCUCUAAUGGAGCAGCUUAUUGUACUGGUCGAGGCGAGGUUGUUCAAAAUAUCCCCUCACCUUUACCUGCAGACAUUCCAAUGGUUCUUAUUAAGCCCCCGGAAGCUUGCUCUACCGCUGAAGUUUACAAGCACCUUCGGUUGGAUCAAACUACUGACAUUGAUCCUUUAACACUGCUGGAAAAGAUCUCGCUGAAUGGAAUAUCUCAGGCUGUUUGUAUCAAUGAUUUGGAGCGUCCUGCAUUUGAGGUUCUCCCUUCUCUUAAAAGAUUGAAACAGCGCGUCAUUGCAGCUAGCCGUGGACAAUAUGAUGCUGUUCUCAUGUCUGGAAGUGGAAGCACUAUCGUCGGGAUUGGGUCCCCAGAUCCUCCACAAUUUUUAUACGAUGAAGUUGACUACCGGGAUGUAUUUUUGUCAGAGGCCAACUUCAUCACUCGGGAAUCAAGUCAAUGGUAUAAUGAACCUGCUUCUACAAGUGCUUGUGGCUCGACCACUGAGUCAUCCCAGCCCAUUGAGUGAUUCAAUCUUUUGUGAAAUUAAUGAGAUAGAAGGUCUUGGACGGGGUAAACACUGAACACCAGACUCACAGAUCCGCGUGAUCGUAGCUCGAAUUCCCUUUUGGCAGCCAUUAGUUGUAUAAUAAAGUGAACCUUGCUGCAUAGAAGUCUUCUGGUUAUAGCUGCUGCUUUUUUUUUCUUGGUAUCUUGUGAUUGUAGCUUCAAUGGACCAGCUAUGAAACUUAUUCAUGGGAGGAUAGCAGCUUAGCAAAAUGAAGCAAAUUGCAUAUGAAGUCGGUUGUGUAUCUUAAAGUUGAGAGGCUAUGUGUGGCCCUAUGAAUAUAAAAAAAGAAUUCUUGAAUGUAACAGUCAAUUGUACUAAAUUCUUUCAAGCCUUGAUUUGGACUUCUUUUUCUU